UAAUUCUGCUAAUUACUUUAGCUAAACUUGUAUAGAUUUAUAUUCGCACAAUUUUUAGAGCAAUGUUAACUGAUUGAAGCAAACUAAUUGAGUAACGAAAAGCAUAACAAAUAUGUCCACGGCAUAAUACAAGUUUAAAAUGAUAUCUUAUCUGGACAAUUACCUCUUGACCUUUUAAAAGUUCCUUAUCAGAUAUCUCGAUACGCGUGCGCCUUUUACCCUGUUUUACUCGCGGAAAGUACCCAGUUCUCAUAUAGCAAUCAUAUAGUAUAUUCAUACUCGAAAUUCGAGAUAUAUCGAGUCCGGAUCCAAUAAAUUCGAUUUUGAGUGUCGAUCGAGAUGCUCAGAAUCGAUAUGCGUAUUUAUUAAUGCUAUGGAAACAUGCGAUUUACUGGAUCCGGACCCGAUAAAUCCCGGAUUUAGGAGUGCGAUGGAGACGUAGUCAAUGCCAUGCUUCAACGGUGGAAACGAUUAAAGGAUUUGUAAAUAUCCGGUGAAAAUGUAUGUAAGAUUUCUAGACCAGCAAAUGUUUGAACACAGUGGUAUUCGCAUCUACCCGCCUUUUUCGCCUUCGCGAGCGGCUUUGUGCGAGUUUAUGCGAGUUUGGGCAAGUGCGUCGAAAGUUGCCGGUAGAGUUGUAAUCAUCGAGGUAUACCUUCAUUUACACUAGAUUUACAUUUAACUAGCGUGCCAUAACUGAAGAAAAAUGAUGCAGUUGACAGAAGGAGCUUUAGACAGAAUCAUGAAUGGUGAAGACGUUGAGAAGCCGAUACUGCAACUACUGGGUCAUAAGGCGGUGAGCAGCUCGAAUGCUGGCCCACGGUUUCGAUUAUUGAUGUCUGACGGAGUUAGAGUAAACUCGUUUACCAUGCUUGCUACGCAGUUGAACCCAAUGAUUUUAAACAAUGAAUUGAGCGAGUUUUCAAUAUGCAGAGUUGAGAGAUACGCGAUCAGCACAGUCAACAGUGAAAAACAGAAGCGCAUUAUGGUUAUACUUGCCAUAGAUGUGCUAAAACCGGGAAGUGAAGUUGGAGGUAAGAUAGGAAAUCCAAGUCAACAUGAGAACCAGCAAGAACAAGAAGCGGAUAAGGGUCCAUCAGCCCGACCACCACAACCAUCAUCAACAGUCAGUAAUGCUCGGAAGAAUCGAGUGGAGGAAUCAUCAUCAAAUGGUAUCUCUACAACGCCAAUAGCUGCCCUAAGCCCUUAUCAAAACAGAUGGGUCAUUAAGGUUAGAGUGACCAGUAAAUCGGACAUUAGAGUGUGGAGUAAUUCUCGUGGCGAAGGAAAAUUAUUCUCCAUGGACCUUGUAGACGAAAGUGGAGAAAUUAGAUGUACAGCCUUCAGGGAUCAGUGUGAUAAAUUUUUUGACAUGAUUGAGAUCGGUAAAAUUUAUUACGUUUCGCGAUGUUCUCUGAAGCCAGCUAACAAACAAUUUAAUACUUUGAAGAAUGAUUACGAGAUGACACUCACUGGUGAAUCAGAAAUUAUUCCCUGUCAAGAAGACAACUCGGAGAUUCCAACAAUCCAGUUUGACUUUUGUCCUAUUAGCAGUGUGGAACAGAAAGAGAAAAAUGCUGUUAUGGACGUGUUGGGAAUUUGCACAUCAACCAGUGACGUUCAAAACCUCACGGCAAGAUCUACAGGUCGCGAACUGAAGAAACGGGAUAUUAAUCUGAUCGAUCAAAGUAAUACCAUGAUUUCCCUUACAUUGUGGGGAACGCAAGCUGAAACUUUCGAUGGCUCAAAUAAUGUAGUCGUUGCUGUCAAAGGGGCCCGUAUCGGAGAGUUCAAUGGCGAUAAAAAUUUGUCUACACUAAACUCAUCCGUUAUUCAAAUUGAUCCUGACAUACCUGAAGCCCAUAGAUUACGUGGCUGGUAUAACUCAACCGGACAUAAAAUGGAGGCAAAAUCCUUGUCUAAAACUGGAGCCGGUGGAGGUCUCAGUGGUCAAUGGCUAACUUUCAAAGAAGCAAAAGAUUUGCGCAUUGGGCAAGAUGAAGCCCCGGGUUUCUUUGUUGUCAAAGCUACGGUCAAUCUGUUCAAGUUGGAAAAUGUUCUUUAUAAAUCCUGUCCAACUGAAGGGUGCAAGAAAAAGUUGGUUGAUCAAAACAGUGGAAUGUAUCGUUGUGAAAAAUGCAACAGAGAAUAUCCAAACUAUAAGUAUCGGCUGUUGGUAGUGUCCAACUUAGUGGAUUUUACUGGCCAUCAGUGGGUAACGGCAUUUAAUGAAGAGGGUGAGAAGUUAAUUGGUGUAUCAGCUCAAGAACUCGGAAACCUGAAGGAAAGUGACAACGAUGCCUUCAUGGAGAAAUUCGGUGAGGCCUCCUUCAACAGUUUCAUAUUCAAAUUGCGAACCAAACUGGAAACGUUUAACGACGAGGCAAGACUAAAGACUACUGUUGCAUCCGUCACUCCAUUGGAUCACAAAGUGUAUAACGACUACCUUCUAACCAAACUCAAGGAAUACACAAACAUUAGCAAGGCGAAAUAAAAACUGUAAGGAGGUCGAUUCUUUUUCUUUUUCUUAAUACUGUUAAAAAUUAAAAUAGAAAUGUAAGUUGUAACGAUGCUGGCAUUCCGUUUAAUGAUUAAGUUCCCUGUAAAAUGGCGAGUAUAAAGUGUAUUCAAAGUAAGAGAAUGUAAGGAUAGCGUCUUCUACCAAAGGAAAAUUAAACUUUGUACAGACAAUA